CAGAAAGCGACUGAGAUAUACAUAUACUAAAACCGAAGAUUUGGGGAUUGUGGUCUCUCAUCAACCAAACCUCAAUCAUAUAAACCCAAUUUUUCAACCCUCUGAAACUGUAUCUUCGACUUCCACUGAGAUGAACCAUCAAGUUACACUGAGAUCUACUGCAAAUAAAAUCGUGGAGGGUGAUGUAGAGAUGCGUGACGGAGCUUUUUAUACACAUGUUCUUGGAAAUCUCAAUAAUUGAGCACAAGAUGGAACUGCAAACAAGGUCGUUGAAGGAAUGGAUUGCAGAUUGGUUUAAUGGACCAGCAACAAUUGCAGAGAAUCAAAAUAACUUUAUAACUCUUAUGAGUUUUGUCUUAUGGCAUGUCUGGAAACUUAGGUGUGCAGUGGUUUUUGAUGGUGCAGUGAUUCAAAUUGAUAUGUUUGUUAGGCAAGUUAACAGACAUGUAAAUGACUGGAAAAAUAAUUCAGUCAGAAGAAGAGGGAGUGUAGAGGAGCAGUAUCAAUACCAGGAAUAACACAAGAUGAAGAGCAAGCAAAGUCCUUAGUGUCACUGGAAGCAGUCAAGUGGGCUAAAGGGGCUGCAGUGGAGUGCCUGCACUUGGAAGGAGACUGUUAGAAUGUAGUUAAUGCAAUAAAUGGCAGUGUUGUGUCGAUUAGAUGGAAAAAUAAUAGUGUCAUCUCUGAUUGUAAAGAGAUGUUAAAACAAUUUCAAGUGUGGAAGUGCAAUUAUGUACCUAGGGAGUCAAAUGAAGUGGCAAAUUGUUUAGCAAAAACUGCUAGGACAAGUAGAGUGUCAGAAUUGUCGGUUUCUGUUUUUCCCAUGUGGCUUAAAACUCUCAUUAGAGAGGAACUAGAUGUAAUCUUUUGAUUCUAUCUCAAUAAAAUUUAUUUUCC